AUGGAGUCGUUCCAGGUGCUGAGGCGGAUAGGGACGGGAACGUACGGGUCUGCAUUCCUCGUGUGCCUCAAAGAAGAUGAGUCGAGGAGGUUCGUCCUCAAGAAGAUCAACAUGUCGCAGAUGUCGGAGCGCGAGCGCGCGGCGGCGCACCAGGAGGUCCGCUUGCUGGCGCAGCUCGACCACCCAUUCGUCCUGGGCUACCACGACUCGUUCCAGCACCGCGGGCACAUGUGCAUCGUGACGGAGUACUGCGAGGCCGGCGACCUGUACCGCCUGCUCAAGCGGCAGAACGAGCCGCUGCCGGAGGAGCAGAUCAAGGAGUGGCUCGCGCAGGUCACGCUCGCGCUGCACUACAUCCACGAGCGCAAGGUCGUGCACCGUGACUUGAAGAGCCAAAACAUCUUCUUGACGCGCGACGGCAGCGCGAAGCUGGGGGACUUCGGCAUCGCGCGCGUGCUGUCGUCGCCGCAGGAGCUCGCGCGGACGGUCAUCGGCACGCCGUACUACAUGUCGCCCGAGAUCGUGCGCAACCAGCCGUACAGCUACCAGUCGGACGUGUGGUCGCUCGGGUGCGUGGUCUUCGAGAUGGCCACGGGGAAGCACGCGUUCGACGCCGCGGACAUGAACGCGCUCGUGAUGAAGAUCCUCCGCGGCAAGGUCGACCGCCUCGGCCCGCAGUACUCCCCCGACCUGCAGCAGCUGCUCGACCUGAUGCUGGCGCGGGACCCGGCGCGCCGGCCGACGACGGAGCAGAUCCUGCACUGCCCGUUCCUGCGCGAGCACGUCGUCGAGGCCAAGCACGAGGCCGCGGUCUGGCGGGCCGGCCGCGGGAAGAAGGGAGGCACGCCGGCGCGCGACACGCCGCCGCCGCCGCCCGCGUCCGCCGGGGCCCGCGCGCCGGUCCUCCGGCAGCGGUCGCAGAGCAUGCACGACCACGCCGCGGCCUCGAGCGCGCACGGCGAGCCCCGGACCUCCGGAAAGCUCCCCGCGAAACAACACACCCCCGCGGGGUCCGCCUCGCACCGGCACCACCACCGCCACCACCACCACCACCACCACCACAGCCACCACCACAGCCAGUCCUACCACGACCCAGCGCACCGGCGGUCCCGGAGCGACGUGCGCACGUCGGAGCCGGCCGCGAGCCUCGCGCCCGCGCCGCCGCUGCCUCCCGGGCCGCAGCAGCGGCACCUGCGCGCGGACCCGCGGCUGGCGGGCGUGCGGUCGCGGUCCGUCGCGCAGAUCCAGGUCACGCGGGAGGCGGACGCGGCGCCGGAGUGGCUGCGGAGGGAGGGGCCGCCUGCGCAGGGGGGGGUGCGGGGCACGCGCAGCUGGAGCGGGCGUUCUCGGAGCGCGGGGGCGCGCGAGAGGGCGGCGGACGGUCGUCGGCGUCGGAGAUCAGCCUUCUCGAGCACCGCAACCGGCGGCGGGAGCGCCUGGCGGCGCUCAAGGCCGGGAACGUCGGGGGGGGGAGCGAGCCAUUACCCCCCCCUCUGCCGGGGUCGCGGCACGCGAGCAGCUUGCACGACGUGCGCGGGUCGGUCGAGAUCGGCGCCCUGCAGCACGUCCGCGACGCCGAGGAGGUCCCCGUCGGCUUCGGCGUCCGCCGCGCCCCGCGCGCCCAGAAGAUGGCGUCGCGCAGCCAACGCGGCCUGA